AUGUCCCAUCUAUUGCUCGUCACAUCGAUCUCAAAAAAUGAAAGAGAUCAGAAGAAAAUCCGACAAAAAGAACAACAAAAUCGUAAAAGUCGAGCCACUUUUAUAGCACAAGCAUAUGAAAGCAAGGAUGAUCCGAGAAAUGAUUCCACUGAUGUUGAGAGUUAUUACUGGAAAUUGUACACCCAGAACAACAUGAUUCUCAACAAUUUGAGAGAACGUUAUCGUCAGGAAAAUGAGAUGCUCCCUCGGAAAGAACAAUCGCAAAUUGUUGGCGGAUCUUGGUUAGAAGAGGAAUCACAUUGUACAAGUGAUAAAACAAUCAUUGAGAAGCUCAAAGACAGUUAUAAGACCUUCAAGACACCCAGUGAGACGGGAGUUGAAGUCUGGAUUGAGGUUUGGGUGCAAGAAGUGAAUGCGGUAAAUGAACUUGCUUCCGACUUCGACAUGGACAUUUAUGUCACUGAAUUGUGGGUGGAUCAAGCCCUCAAAUACGAGCAUCUCAACCCUUGCAAGUACAAUCUGUCACUCAAUUCAGAGAUUCUUGACCAAAUCUGGAAACCGAACACUGUAUUUAUUAAUAGUAAAUCGGCGAGAAUUCACACAUCUCCAUUCAAAAAUGUUUUCUUAAUGAUUUACCCGAAUGGAACUGUUUGGGUGAAUUAUCGAGUACAAGUUAAAGGACCGUGCAGAAUGGAUUUUAGCUCUUUCCCAAUGGAUCAACAAACGUGUUAUCUCACUUUGGAGUCUUUCAGCUAUAACAAUCAAGAAGUGGAUAUGAAAUGGCAUCAUUCCCCCACCGGUCCAUUGAUUCUCCUGAAGGAUGAGAUCGUUUUGCCAGAUUUCGUUCUCACUAACUACACAACGAAACUAAAAAAUGAGAUCUAUCCAGCUGGUGUUUGGAAUGAGUUAACGAUGGAGUUCGUCUUCUCCCGGCGAUAUGGAUGGUACAUCUUUCAAGCCUACAUCCCAACAUAUUUGACGAUUUUUAUUAGUUGGAUUUCUUUCUGUUUGGGGCCAAAGAUGAUUCCAGCGAGGACAAUGUUGGGUGUGAAUUCUCUAUUGGCACUCACUUUCCAAUUCGGAAAUAUUAUGCGAAAUCUACCUAGAGUCUCCUAUGUAAAAGCUUUAGAUGUUUGGAUGCUGGUUUGCCUUACAUUUGUCUUUUGCUCGCUUCUCGAGUUGGCGUUGAUUGGAGCGAUGGGAGCGAAAUCAGAGUCAAAGAGCGACUCACCAACCCCUCCACCCUCAUCACCACCAAUAGAGAGAACGAUUCGCUCUCUAUCAGACUCUAACCAUCCGGAAAUCUCAAUGUUAUCCCCAAUUUCUCCAAGAAUUUGUCGAAAUCACAUUCCACCUGAAGAAGAAGAAGGUGUGAAAGACAAUGAAAGACCAUCUUUCAAAUCAUAUGGUAGUACAGACAUCGAUGAUCCAAGGGCAAGGAAAAGGAUCUUGAUUUCAGCGGAUUCGGCUCAAGUGACGAGGAAUCUUCCGGAUGGAAUCGCGGAGAGAAUGUUGCUGCUAGAAGGGACAGAAGAGAUCUCUUCUUCCUUCAAGAAACCCCAUCAAUGGUUUCCUCGUUUCAUUUCGAAAUUCUCUUGGAAACAGAAAUGGACAUGUGAUGAGAUCGACAAAUGGUCGAUCAUUUCAUUCCCAUUUCUUUUCACAAUUUUUAACAUUAUCUAUUGGACGUAUUAUCUAACCAGAGCUCAA